AACCUGCCUCAAAAUCACCUGCACAGAAUUGGGUGGAGACGCUGCAGAGCGAGUUUUAAACUGAUCCGUGAGGACGAUCUCCAGCUGCAGGCUGAGUAAAGAUGUCCAUCUUCAAGAGGUUCUUCAAAGAUAUCAUCCACGACAGGAACCCUGACAAGGACACCGUCAAAGUGAAGGGUAAACCCAAGCCUAAGUAUUAUGGAACAGUCACUCCGUAUCCGAACUUCAGUGCCAGCAGCGACGCCUCAGUUCUCAACAGUGCCAUUGAGAGUAAAGGAGUGGAUGAGGAUGUGAUCAUUGCCGUCCUGGUGAGGAGGAACAACGAGCAGAGGCAGAAGAUCCAGGCUGUUUAUGAAGCGUCCACUGGGAAUAAGCUGGAUAAAGCUCUGAAGUCGGCUCUCCGCUCAGAUCUGGAGGACGUUUCUCUGGCUCUGCUCAUGACGCCGGCUCAGUUUGACGCCUACCUGAUCAGGAAGGCCACAAAGAGGUUUGGGACAGAUGAGGACGUCCUGGUGGAGGUUCUGGCGACGAGGUCAAACCAAGAGAUUCGAGAGCUCAAGAGUGUUUUUAAAGCAGAGUACGGAGAAGAGCUGGAAGACGUUAUUAAAGACGAGACCAGCGGCGACUUCACCGAGGCUCUUCUGGCCAUGUUGAGAGCAAACAAAGACGAGAGCAAUGAAGUCAACAUGGGGCUGGCCGAAGAGGACGCAGAGACUCUGUUUGAAGCCGGUGAAAACACCAAAGGAAUCAACGUGUCCUCCUUCAUCGAAAUCCUGACCACGAGGAACGGGCCGCAGCUCUCCAAGAGUGAGUGUUUGAAACGCUUCAGCUG